GGCGCCGCUGCCUGUUCUCCUGGAGUCGGGGGCAGCGUCUGGUCCGGGGCCCCGUCAGAAAAUAACCGACAGAGUGAUUUAAAAAUAAACCAUCAAAUUAAACCUGGGAAUAACAUCCCCGGGCGGAGAGGGAGAGGGAGAGGGAGAGGGAGGAGCAGGUGUUAGAGGGAAAUGAUAUAUAAAUGCUGGACAGGAAAUAAUAAUUAAAGUUAUUAUUCAUGAUGGUAAUUAUAAUUAUAAUGUAAUUGUUGGGUGUUUUAUUUUAAAAAAAAGAGUAAAAUAUGAGUGAGGAACAGGGGCUGGUGGGUGUUUUGGGGCUGGACUCCUUUUAAUCAUCAUUUACAAGUCAGACAAACUAUUUAAGAAUUAAUUUGCAUAUUGUUCCCCCCCCCCCAAAAACAAAAGGAGAGAGAGAAGAUAAAUAUUGUAGUGCAGGGAGAGGGGAAGGGCUGUGUGAGGGUUGUGGUGAACAUUGUCCUUGGAGUUUCCCCUCCCUAAAGGCAGGAGAAGCAUUGAAAACAGCACUUGGAUUAUAAAAGUGACCUAGCAAAAUGGAUACUAGUAGGAUGGGCGGUGAGCCGGAGGGAAGUGGACAACCUGCUGACUCCAUCUCCGUUUCCUCAAAACUAAAUGGUUUUACCUCUGAUUUAGAAGAUGAUGAGGAUGAGGACUUCAACUGUGAUAGCAGUGAUCUGGAAGUUAAUCCUUUUGAUGGGCUACCUUUUUCCUCACGAUACUAUGACCUACUUAAACGGAGGAAAGCUCUACCAGUUUGGAGUAUCAAGUACCACUUCAUGGAAAGCCUUGUCAACAAUAAUUUGGUUCUGGUUUCUGGCAAACUGGGAUGUGGCAAAAGUACUCAGAUUCCUCAGUGGUGUGCUGAAUAUGCCCUCUCUGUUCAGUAUCAGCAUGGCAUGGUAGUCUGUACACAACCCCAUAGCCUUUCUGCUAUGUGUUUGGCACAGCGUGUGGCAGAUGAACUGGACUUGAAUGUGGGUCAUGAGAUUGGAUACCAUGUCCCUUAUGAAGACUGCUGCACGACAGAAACUAUUCUCAGGUACUGCACAGAUGAUAUCUUGCUCCGUGAAAUGAUGUCUGAUCCCUUGUUGCAUCAUUAUGGAGUUAUAAUUAUUGAUGAGGCUCAUGAGCGGACAGUGGCAACAGAUGUCCUGCUUGGUUUAUUGAAAGACCUGCCAAGGCAGAGGCCAGAACUGAAGAUUGUGGUCAUCACAGCGCCACAUCUGGAGAGCAGACUUGGGAGUUACUACGCUGGAGUGCCUUUUGUAAAAGUGGACGGUGCUGAGGAAGCUUCCUUUCCUGUGGAAGUUAUAUACAGAGAUGGCCAGUUUAAAGACUGUGUUUCAGCUGCUGCACAAACUGUACUGGAUAUCCACAGGAAGGGAGAAGAAGGCAAUAUUUUAGUUUUCUUGGCCAGUGAAAAGGAAAUAGCAGACUGCUGUCAAAUGAUACGGACAGAAGGGGGUGCUCUUGGGUCUCAGUUGGGUGAGCUCAUUCCCAUUCCCUUACAUUCAGGCAUCGGAAACAAUUUCCAAAGAAUUUAUGAAAAUUGCAAUCAGACUUGCAAGAAUUACCGGAGGAAGGUUAUCGUCGCAAACUCAAUAGCAGAUUCAUCAUUUAAUAUUGAUGUCACUUAUGUAAUAGACUCUGGACUGGAACUGAAAAAUGUGUACAAUCCUCGCAUUCGGGCUGACUCUCAGGUCAUUCAGCCAAUUAGCAAGAGCCAGGCUGAGCUGAGGUGGCAGAGAAUAGGCUGCAUCUGCCCAGGGAAAUGCUUCCGCUUGUACUCCGAGGCAUUCCACAAUGAGAUGUCAGAGGUUUCACCACCUCGAGUGUCUGAAACAAACCUCAGUCACCUUGUGCUUCUGCUGAAGAGGCUGGAUAUUGCAGAUAUGGGACAGUGUGACUUCUUGGACAGGCCAGCCCCAGAAGCACUGAUGCAGGCAUUAGAGGAUCUAGAUUAUUUGGCUGCUCUGGAUGAUGAUGGGAACUUGUCAGAAGUUGGAAUUAUUAUGUCUGAAUUUCCACUGGAUCCUCAACUUGCCAAAGCUCUUCUGGCAUCUUGUGAAUUUGAUUGUGUGAAUGAGAUGUUGACAAUUGCUGCAAUGGUAAUAGCAUCCCCAUGUUUUGUUGCACCACCCAAACACUUGGAGGAAGCUGCAGCUGUUCGCAGGAGAAUUCUUCUACAUCCUGAAGGUGAUCAUUUUACUCUCAUCAAUGUCUACAAUGCGUUCAAACAACAUAAUGAAGAUGAAACGUGGUGUCUGAAGAAUUAUCUGAGUUACUCUGCUCUGAAGCUAGCUGAUGUCAUACGCUAUGAGUUGCUGGAAAUGAUGCAAAGGAUUGAAUUACCUAUAUCACCAUCCAACUUCGGAAUGGAGGGAAACGUGCUUAACAUAAAGAGAGCUCUGAUCUCCGGCUACUUCCUUAAGGUAGCGAGAGAUGUGGAUGGCUCUGGGAAUUACCUGAUGCUCAAUCAUAAGCAUGUGGCUCACCUGCAUCCUUUAUCAUGUUACCUCACCAGGAAGCCUCGGCCCCGACCUCCCUCAUGGGUUCUGUACCAGGAUUUUACCAUUUUCCAAGACAACUGCAUCAGCGUUGUCUCAGAGAUUCACCCUGAAAUGCUGAUUGAGUUUGCACCACAAUACUACCUUAGCAACCUACCUGUCAGCGAGAGCCGUGACUUACUCAUGAAGCUUCGGGAGAAGCUGACUGGCAGAGAAACACAGCCAAACGAAGAGGCAGGCAAUACCUUAAACGAAGAUGAAGAUGAAGAUGCAGAAGAGAUUGAAACACAGGUGUUAGCUUAAAAUUGAAGAAUCCUGGAAUUCACUCCAGUGCAUUGUGGGUCUACUUAUAACACAUGGACUGCAGCAGUUCAAGAUAACAGCUCACCACCACCUUCUCAAAGGCAACUAGGAAUGGGCAUUAAGUGCUGACCCAGCCAUCAUUCGAGUCAAUUUUUACAAAAGGAGACAGUGAGGACUGCAGAUACUGGAGAUCAGAGUUAAGUGUGUUGUAGGAAAAUCAGCAUUUUGGGCCGGAGUCCUUCAUUCUGAUUUUCCUGCUCCUCGGAUGCUACCUGACCUGCUGUGCUUUUCCAGCACCACAUUCUGGACUCUGAAUUUUAACAAACUGCACAACAUGUAUAAUUGGUAUGAUUAGGAGCUUCUGUGUUCUGAGCUUGUAGAAUUAGUGUUCUAAAUUGGAUUUAGAAAUAUUGUAAUUUUUUUUGAGUUCAUUGAAUAUUUUACUAAUGAUUUCUUGAAGAAAAAAAAAUUUACAAUGAACUAACAGGCUGAAUGGCUGCGUUAAAAUUGGUGGAGUUUCCAUUAAAUCCCCCCAGUGCAAUACUCCAGAACCUCUGAAUCCAGCUUGCUGAGAAGUUGUAUUUUUGCCAGAUUCAAUAAAGUUGGGAAUUUGUGUUGAAUUUUAGCUUUGUAUCAGGGCUGGUGGGUGUGACAAAACCAAAGUUCACUGUUUAAACCAGUGGUGUGUAAACACAAGGACUAGAGGGGAACUUCACAACUAGACAACUAAGUGCUGUUGCAAACUGCGAAGUGCCAAUUCGGGCAGCUUUUCUGAUUAACAGAAUUUAUCGUUUUAGAAAGUGACUUGGGGAAGGGAAACUUUAGGGUGCAUUUCAAAGCUGGGUUUCACUUUAAAGUUUAGGUUAGAAUGCACUUUUUUAAAAAUCCUCUGGUUGGGGAAAACUUGCACAUUUUUUAGUCAAAUCAUUAAUUUCUUAUGCAUGCUGAUGUAAAUGUCAUGAUUCUCUUUACCAAGAAUGUUGUUCGUCUUUUUGAUGAUUCUAUAACACUACAAGAGCUGCAGCAAUAAAUGCAUAGACAGAUUUAUAUUGAGCCUUGUUUCUCUGCAAUGUCAGAUACUGUGCUUCAGAUGCUGCUAGGAAUCUUCUCAUAAACUAAGGGAGCUCUAUGUGUAUGGAUAUUGUUUGUUAAAACUUUUUUGGUGCUCCCUGCAGGAAUCUAAUAAUUUACAGGGCAAUAGCAAAUUAUUUCAGCAAUUUGUUAGUGUUUAUCAGAGUGGGUUUCAGUCAGCAAGGUUCAUUUGUGCUUAAAACUAAUACUGUACAAUAGUCAGAAUAACCUGAAAAUAGUGUGGAGCUCCAGUUCUUUACCCAAUGAAAUCUUUGUAAUUUAUUUGAAAGGAUACUAUAAUCAUUUUGUUUGUUUUGUUUCUUUGUGUAGUUUCAGGUUUUGGGGCUUUAUCCUUACCUUUGUAAUUUAUUUCUGUACCAGUGCCAACUGCACAGGUAGGCAAGGUGCUGUGCUACAAUUGAUUUCAGAGCUUGUCGAAUAAGUGUUGCUGCUAUAUUUAUUUCUGAUGUGCUUUCUUUUCCCUUUUUCUCGAAUACUGGUCUUGCAAGCACAAAUUUUAGAAAUUGUAUUGAGCAAGAAACUUGCUGUAUAAUUUAGUCGGCUGUGAAAUUAUUGUACUUCCCUGAAUGUUGGAUAAUAUUUAAAAUUAAUGCA